AUGCAAAGUGAUAUAAUCGUGAGUAAAGAUAUACAUGAAUAUAGUAAAAACAGAAUAAACAGUAUGUUAAAUAUAAGUUCUUAUAGUACCAAUAGUAACCCUGAGUUCAGGAGUGAAAUAAACGAAAAUGAUAAAUACAGGAAAUAUGGAAAGGAAAAAAUAACCGAUUAUGAUGAUGUAAAGAAUGUUAGUUAUACAGAUAACAUUACAAGUAGUAAUAAUUUUUCAUCUGAGGUAAACAUAACUAGCUCAUUCGCAAAUGAACAUAAGGAGAGUAAUUUUAUUGAUACAGCACAGAUGAUAACUAAUUCUUUAUUGAAUAAAAAUUAUGAUAAUGUUCAGAAUAAUAACAAUCAAUAUAUGAAUACUGAAAACUGUAUGCAAAAUGAUUCAAAAAUGAAAAGUAAAAAUAACUUGUGUCAGCUUACCGAUGAGGGUAUGUUGUACAGUGUUGAUUGCACAGAUGACUUGAGUAAGAAGAUCUCCUGUACGUUGCAUAGUUACGAGAUUGUUGCUGGUAGAGAUACAAAUUUAAAUUCGCCCGGAUACCAAUCGUUCCCAGUUGUUAGUGAUAUCAAGGGUGUUACGUUUAAUGAUACAAUUAAAAAGGAAUGCAUGUAUGAGGAGGCUGAUAGUUCGUGCGAAAAGGGUUCAGAGAUGAGGGAUUCGUAUAAAAGAUGCGCAGAUGCGAAAUGCUUAGAUGCGAAAAUCUCAGAUGCAAAAUGCUCAGAUGCAAAAUGCUCAGAUGUGAAAAGCUCAGAUGCAAAAUGUUCAGGUGUAAAUGAGUUCAGCAAUGAUUGCUGUUCCAAGAAUAAUAACGCUGAUUCGUGUUAUGCACAAAGGAACUCCCUUCUAGACAAUAACAAAAAUGAAUCGAACACCUUUCAUAUUUUGAAAGGCAAAAAUAGUGUUAAGGAUACGAGAUCCGCUUCUCCUACAGAAGUGAGAAAAUUGAGCCCCUUUUUAGAACCCACAAAUGAAAAUAAUGUGAAUUUGAAGGACAUAGUUGUGUCUAACAAAGUGGCAGAGAGUAAUGAAAAUGAGAGGCACGUCAAUGAUAAGAACCAAAAUGAAACGGGUUUAGAGUACAUCCAGAAGGAUGCUACUACGACCCAUUAUUGCAAUGGUAGUGUAACAAAAUGCAAGGAGAUAAGUAAGAAAAGUGAUAAUUUGGAUUCUGGAAUUGUAGGGGAAGGAAGCACUAGUUGUUGUAGCAGUAAUAAGUAUAAUUGCACUCGCAGUAUCAAUGACCAUAGCACAAGUGGUAAUGUCCGUGUCAGUGGAGGUAGAAGCAACGAGAGUUCGUCAGGUGGAGAUAAUUCCAAUAACGGUAACAAUAGCAAUAGAGGCAAUAACAGUGGCAACAGAAACUGCAAGGGAAAUUCAGAGAAUGGGCAAGGAGGAGCAAACACCGAAAGCAGUAACAAUUGUGAAAAUGGAGGAGAUGAUGAUGAUGGGGAUGGAGACAAGCACAGGAAAGUAAGCAAUCAUAAAGAUGGUGCAGGAGGAAGUAGCGAAGGUAACGAAUCUCGUGUGAAUUCCAAUGAUAGAAAGAAUGAAGAAAAUGGCAUAGCAGAAAAAAAAGGAAAUGUGGAUGAGGAUCCAGAAAAAAGAAAUAAUAAUAAUAGUAGUAAUAAUAAUAAUAAUAGUAAUAAUAAUAAUAGUAAUAAUAAUAAUAGUAAUAAUAAUAAUAAUAAUAAUAAUAAUAGUAAUAAUAAUAAUAGUAAUAAUAAUAAUAAUAAUAGUAAUAAUAAUAAUAGUAAUAAUAGUAAUAAUAAUAAUAGUAAUAAUAAUAAUAAUAAUAGUAAUAAUAGUAAUAAUAGUAAUAAUAGUAAUAAUAGUAAUAAUAAUAAUAAUAAUAAUAAUAAUAAUAAUAAUAAUAAUAAUAAUAAUAAUAAUAAUAAUAAUAGUAAUAAUAAUAAUAAUAAUAAUAAUAAUAAUGAUGAUGAUGAUGGUAAGAAUAAGGAGAAAUAUUCAGAUGAUGCCAAUAAAAAUAGUAACAGUAAUGAGAAAAAGAAGAAGACAAAAUUGAGCUAUAAUAGUGAAGAAAAAAAUGGAAAUGAUAAAAUACAUUCAUCAGUAUCAACAUCUAAGUCGAGUAAUAUAAAUGUUACAGCGUCAGUAAGUUCGCUAAAUGCAGAUGCACCAGAAUUUGUCCCAUCAACGAAAAGCAUGCAAGGAAAUUUAUCAUUUAAUAAAUUCAUGUGGAAUCAUUAUUACCAAGAUAUUCCUACUGGAGGAUUUGGAAACGUGGGAGGAAUUAGUAUGUUGAAUCCUUCGAACCCGUUGCUGAAUCCCCUUAACGGAAUGGGCCACAGUCCAAGUGAACUUUUAAAUUUAGCUAAUGCGAAUCAUAUUCCCCCAUCGAAUGGUCCUAUAAAUUUAAGCAUGCCCAGCGGCAGUAAUGCAAUUCGAACGCAAGGGAAUAAUGUAAAUAAUAUGACCAAUGUGACGAGUAUGAACAAUGUGAAUAAUAUGACCAGUGUGACGAGUAUGAACAAUAUAGAGAAUCAUAAUAACGAAAAAGGGAAUGGUAAUAGCAGCGUAAAUGAUACUGCUGGUGGGAAUAUGAACAAUCAUCCUAGUAAUAAAUCUCUGAACAGUGCGAAGUUGUGUAAUAGUAGUAGUACUACAAAUAAUAAUAAUAGUAACAGUAACGGUGGAACAAAUUUUAGUGGUCAUGAAAAUAAUAUGAAGACAGGUUCGAACUUGAUGCACACAUCAACAGUUGCUUUAGUGGGAAAAGGAGGUGGAAAUAAUAAUAUGGGUUCUGAUUCUAAUUUUCUAAAUCAGAGUAAUAUGAUGCAUGGAAUGAAAAAUAUAAGAAAUAAUAAUUUUAUGAAUGGUUCAGAAAAUUCUGCUCCUCCACCAUUUCAUCAUCCAUUAGAUGCACAUAACAAUAAUAAUGGACCUCAUCAAUCUUUUCAAUCAAAUGGAACCAUGAUUCAUCCACAUAAUUUUUAUGUAAAUCAUCCAUACAUGAUGAAUAAUCCCCCUCAUGGGCAUCCUCAUCAUCCACAUCCAAAUGGCUUGCCAGGUCCUCCCCCUCCCCAUACCAUAUUUACACCAAUGUCGUAUGGAAAUGCUAUAGGGCCAGGAAAUGUUCAUCAUGAAUUUCCAUUUCCUCAAGCACCAUCAGCUGUAUAUGGUACAUUUGGAAGUAAUACUAAUUUAAUUGGAAACAGUACUAGCACUUUACCACCAUCGGCAAAAAAUGGAAAUAUGAAUAUAAAUCCAUAUAAUUUUAUGUCAUGUGGCUUACCUACGCACCCCCCACCUCCUCAGUUACAACAUAAUAACCCGUUAAAUUUAACUGCACCGUUAGAAGCACAUUUUAUUUCGAAUUCAGGUAAUGCACCACCACCUUUGAAAAUUCCAUACAAUCAUGUGAAUCAACAAAAUAGAAGGAACAUAUUUAAUCAUUUUAACAUUGCCAAUGUUCAUGCAGGAGGAAGUAGUAACAUGAGUGAUAAUAAUUUUGAACAUAAUGUAAGUAACAGUAAUAAUUCCAUGAAUUCAGUAAUGGCAGCAGUAGGAGGAGUAGUCGGGCCGGUAGGAUCAGUAGGACCAAUAGGAACAAUCGGACCAAUAGGAGCAGCAAAUGUAAAUUACGGAUAUGGAAAUCUGCUCUCGAACAGCGAUAAUAACAAUAGUAAUAACACUGGCACGAGCAGUAAUACGAGUGGUAUACAUUUAAAUACAGGAUUAGGAAAUAACAUGGGAAUAAGUACUAGUGGAAAUGUUAUGUGUCUAAAUGGCUCAUUGCAAAUGAACAACGUAAGCUCUAGUAAUGUACCAGUAAUAGCACAUCAUCAUAUGAAUCAUAUGAACAAUGUUAUGCCAUCAGCUGUUGGAGCUGGAAUGCACAUGAAUCAUAACAUGAUGAUGAACAUGAGGGAAGAAGUUGCAGAUCCCAUGGGAGGUGGUGUAGGAGCAGCGGCAACAGCAGCAACAGCAGCAGGAGGAACAGGAACAGGAAUGAAGAAACAUCAGAAGAGGAACAAUAAUACAUAUAACGAAAGAAACAACAACGGUUCUAGCAGCAGCAACAACAACAGUAACAGUAAUAAUAAUAAUAAUAAUAAUAAUAAUAACAAUAACAAUCAUAAUAAUAACAAUAACAAUAACAGUAGCAAUGGAAACAAUAACAGUGGCAGUAACAGUGGUAAUAAGCUUAGCGUGCAUCGAGACAGCAAAGGGGGUGGAGGAUUGCACAGCAAUAAUAGAAGCAAUAGCAACCAUAUCAGCAGUAGCAAUAAUAACAACAUUAUAAAUAAUCACACAAGUGGUGUGGAUGUGACAAAUUUGCCUUCUUAUGCAAAACAAGAAAACAAGAAAGGCAAUAAAUAUAACAAAAAUAGUUCAAUCGGAGGAAACAAUGCAGUUUCAAAUUUUAACUCUCAUUCUAGUAACAGUGUGAAUAAUAAUAUAUCUAAUGGAUCGAAAAAUGUGUAUAUGAGUGGUAAGAUGGCAAAGCAGGAAGUACUAUUGCAUGGCAAAACGGAAAAUGGAAGUGUAGCUAUGUCUUCUCCUUUAUCAUCAAGUAACAUUUGUUAUGCAAAAGCAUCAACCGUGGGUAAUAACAACAAAGGCAUUACAUCUAACAGUGGUUCAGGAAACAAUAACACGAGUAGUAACAUUAACAUGAGCAAUAAUGUGUCUUUGAAAGAAUCAAAGUUAAGUAGUAUUACAAAAGCAGGUCCAGAUGAUUCUAAAGAAAAGAAUCAUUCGUACAAUACUGGGAAUGAAGGAAUGAAAUAUGGUUUUAAAGGAAAGACAUAUAAUUCUAAUAAUUCAAUUAGUGCCAGAAACAGCAAGGGUAUGAAUAAUAGUAGUUCUAAUGCAAACAAUAUGGGAGGAGGGGGAAGUCAUGGCAUUUUGAGUAGUAGUAAUAACAACCAUGCACAGAGCCAUAAUAAUAAUGAAGGAGGAGGAGGAGCUGUUGUAGCUAGCGAAAAACGAUUUUUUAAUAAACAUGAAAAAAACAAGGAAGAGUAUAAAAUGAAUAAAAACUAUGGAAGUAAUAACAAAUCGAAUGAGGAAAAGGGCAAUUAUAAUAACAUGCAUGUCGCAGGAACAGCAGGAGCAGGUUCGAAGAAAGAUGUAUCAAAAGAUAACAACAGUAAUAAGAACAACAUGAAAACGAGUGCCCAUUUGAAAAAACCAUACAACGAUUUAAUGGCAAAUGGGAGUAGCGCUAUGGGUAAUCAUGGCACGGCAAGCAACAGUAAGCACCAUGGAAAUUGCACAACAAGUAAUAGCAAAUAUCAAAGCAAUGGUGACAAGCGAUUGAGUCAUAGAGGAAAUGUUGAAGGGAAUAAGAUGGAAAAUGAAAAAAAAUUAAAAAAUGAAGGUGUUAAGAAAUUUAAGGAAAAGGAUAGUAAUAAUAACGAUAGUAAUAUCCAUGAUAGCAAUGGUAGUAGCGAUGGAAACAACAUUUUAGGAGUGGAAAAUGUUGUAGAUGAUGCUAAAGAAGGAGGAGUAUCACCAUCUUCCAUAGCAAAGAGAAGUGGAGGAAAUGGAAACAAUUUUAACAACUCGACGAAUGUGCAUGACCAGAAUAUGAAAGGAAAUAGCGAAAGUGCAAAUAGUAAGAACACAUCGGGAGUUAUUGUAGGAACAUUAAGUAAUGAAGCUGUGAGCGGUUAUUCCAAUAACAAUUAUAAUGGAAUUGUGAUGAAUAAUAAGAAUGCAAAUUAUGGAAACGUGAAAAAUGCAAAAAAUUAUGAUAAGAAGAAUAUGGAAUUUUCUUCUUGGGUAAAGAUAGCAAAAAUGAACCCGAAUAAAAAACAAGGAGCAGUAGGAGGAGCAGAAAAAAACAAUUUGGCCAAUCAGCAACAGGAUAGUAACAAUAAUAAUCCAGAUAUGGACAAUAUGGAUAUACCAACCACUACUUCAGUGAUGAAUGCUAAUAAUAAACAGCGUUAUGGUGAUAUAUCUGGAAAGCAUACAGGUAAUAAGACACAAAAGGGAAAUGGUAAUAAUAACAACAGUGUAGAAGUAACAACAGCUACAGUUGGAGUAACAAUCGAAGGAGAAGAUGAUGAUGAUGACCCAUGUAAUGGAUUUAGGAACACCAAAGAUUAUAAUGAUAAUGGAAAAGUUAAAAAUCACAAUAAUGAAAAUGUAAUGUCUUAUUACAAGGGAGGAGGAAGAGGAGGAGGAGGAGGAGGAGGAGGUAGUAGUAGUAGAGGAGGUGUGAUGAGCAGCAACCCAGGAAUUAAUAUGAAUCAUGAAAAUGGGCCCAUUGUUAGUACAUUAAGCAGUGGAAGAGAUGCAAAAAAGCGAAAGGAUGAAGAAGUACACAGAGGAGAGAGACACAAUAAAGGAAUGAGUAAAGAUGCAGGAGAAAUGAAUAAAGAUGCAGUGAUGGGUGGGGGGCUGAACAAUAGUAGUAAUAACAACUUACGUUAUAACAAAACGAACAAAAAAUGUGUCGAAGAGAAAAACGAUAUAAUGAUGAAUAACAAUGCAAAAAAUAAAAAGUUACCAUUUUACCCGAAUGAUAAAAAUAGCGGUUAUCAUGACAAGGAGAUCAACAAGGAAAGAGGAGGAAAGAUGAAGUAUGAUCAUAGUGGUAAUAAUAAUAAGAGCAGCAGCAGUAACAAUAUGAAUGGUAGCAAUAAUAAUAAGAAUAAAAAUAAGAGUAAUAAUAAUAACAGCAAUAAUAGCAGUAACAAGAACAGCAGCGGUAAUAGCAACCUCAACAGCAACAUCAACAUCAACAUCAACAGCAGUAUGAAGAAAAGCGAAGUAAUGAAUAAUCGAAAGGGAGGUGCAGUGGGAAGAAGUGGUGAUGGAAACGUAACAAAUACAUCAGGUAACAUCUAUGCAUCGCAUAGACAAAGAGAAAAAAUGAAAAUUCAAAAUGUGGAGGUUAAGCAGAUAAACGAAAAGGUUAUGAAACGAAGGAAUGAUGAUUAUAAAAAUGUAUCACAAAAUAAAGGGGAUGAAGAGGAGGAUGGAGAAAAAAUCGGAUCAAGUAUCAACAAGCAUUCAGAUAAGGAGGAUCAAUCUGAUUCAGUGAAGAAACCAAAUGAGAAUCGUCCAUAUGAAGGUAGUAGAAUAAAAGCACAUGAGGGUGAUGAAUCUAGUAAUGUAGAAAGUUAUAAAAGUAAUAAUAAAAGGGUGAAUGACGACUAUAGCAGCAAGGUUGAAGGAGCAAGGGGAGGAGGAGCAGGAGGUGUAUUACCAUCUGUUAUAAGAGAUGAUUUUGGUGACAAGAAAGAUGGCACUAAAAAGAGCAAUCUAACAAAUGCAUCAUUAAACGAUGUAAGAAAUGAAGCCUCAAGGAGGAAUAAGGAAAGCCAUAAAGAAGAAGCAUAUCUAAGCAAAAUCAUGAAGGACAAUAAUAAUAGCAUGAGCAAAGGUGUGGGGGAUGGUACGAGCAGUAGCGAUCAAGACAACAAUAGCAUGAUGAAUAAGGGAGAAGAUUUUAAUAUGAAUAAAGAAAAUAGUUACAAAUAUGGAGGAACAGCAGCAGGAGAAGAAGAAGAAGCAAAAACUGUAGCAGCAGGAACAGUAGCAGGAGAAGAAGAAGCAAAAACUGUAGGAAAUGAGUACAGGAGCAAUAUGUCGAAUACAAAUGAUAAUCGCUCAGUGUCGACUUAUUCUAAUUCAAAAAAUUCCGUUUGGGAUGGAAAAAUUUCCUUUGCAGAAAUGGCAAAGAGAAAGCCAAAGAAACAAUCCAAAGAAACAAGAAGUGGAGGAGGAGAUUCGAAAAAUGCCAAAAAUGAGUUUUCAUUUAAUGAUAGAAAGAAUUCAACUCAUCACGGUUCUAGUCAUAAGGGUGAAAAAUCUUCUAAGAGAAGAGAUCAGCGUGUUAAGAGCGAUGGUUCCAACAACACAAUGAGGGAUAAGCCAAUGUCAUCAUCAUCAUCAGUACAUAAUAGAGGACUUGCCGGUGAUAAAAGAAGUAACAACAAUAGUUAUAAUAAUAAUAAUAAUAACCAUAGUAGUAAUUAUAGUAAUAAUCAUGGUAGUAGGGGUAGUACGAGUAAGGAGAAUGGUGUUGCGAGAGUUGAUAGUUCUGGUGGUGCAAGUCAUAUGAGAAAAAGAACCGAAUCGACAGAACAGAGGAUAAAGGGGUAUGAUGAUGGAAGUGCGUUAUCAAAUGGGAAGGAACCGAAACGAUACGGAAGAAUUGAUGUGUCGUCAAAGGGUUAUAUUAAAGGCAGAGAUGGAAGAGAUGGUAGAAAAGGUAGAGAUGGAAAAGAUGGCAGAGAUGGAAGAGAUGGAAGAGAUGGAAGAGAUGGAAGAGAUGGAAGAGAUGGCAGAGAUGGAAGAGAUGGAAGAGAUGGAAGAGAUGGAAGAGAUGGAAGAGAUGGAAGAGAUGGAAGAGAUGGAAGAGAUGGAAGAGAUGGAAGAGAUGGAAGAGAUGGAAGAGAUGGCAAAGAUGGCAAAGAUGGCAGAGAUGGAAGAGAUAGCAGAAAUGGCAGAGAAGGCAGAAUUGGAAGAGAUGGCAGAAAUGGCAGAAAUUGCAGAGAAGAAGAUACGUUGAAAAAUUUAAGAAUGAAUGAAAGUGUUGUAUUUUCAGAUGCAGAAGAAUCGAAUAAUAUGAAUCACAAAUCCAAAGAGAAGGAGCAGGAUGAUGGGGUGGAAGUUAAGAAUAUUAUUAGCUCGAGGAACAACGACAAUACACGGGGAGAAGAAAAGGGAGGAGAUAAUGAAAUGAACAAAGGAAAUACAAUUGUUGAGUAUGAUAAUAUGGAGGAAAGAGGUAAAAACGAUAAUGUACAUGGUGAAGUUUCAUCAGAUGUGCAUGCGCACAGUGAUGUACAUUAUGGAUCACAAAAGGAAAAUACAAGAAAAAUGAUUCAUAGAAAUCCUGAAAAGAGCACUAAAAAUACCAUUGUUGAUGAAGAUUUGGAAGAUGGAGAAAUCAUUGAAGGAAAUAGAAAAACGAGAAACAAGAAUAACACAACAGAUGAUAGUGCUUCUAAGAGUAAUGCUAAGUUUAUAUCAUCGACUGAUGCACAAUUGGCUCAUGCACAUGGUAUGAACAUAGACACAGAAUGGAAAGAGAAAAAUGCAAAGAAGUGUGAAAUGAAAGAAAGUGGUAGAAAAGUGUUGGCAGAAGAACGUUUAUCAACAUACACAAAAAAGAAAUUCGAAAAUAAGGAAUUAGAAAUGAUGGCUCCUGAAGGAGCAGAACGAAGAGGUGGCGAUAAUAACAUGUCAGGAAUUAGAAAAAUUCAGACAAGUAAUGCUAAUGAGAAUUUCAUUGAUAAGAAGGAAAAUAAUGUUCAUCCUAUUAUGCAUAACAAUAAAUCUAACGCAUCAGUGGGACAUGACAAAUCGGAGGAAUCGAUUAGGGAUAGAAAAAAAUACCCACGUGGGGUAAGCAAUAAUGGUAAUAUUGGAGAAAAGGGCGAAUUGAAAAAUUCAAAUAAUGAAAUAGAUGUUAAGAUUCGAGCAGGAAAUAAUGAAACGAGUAAUAAUGAUGGAGAGAAUAGGAGUGCAGGAAAAUGUUUAGCACAGGAAGAAAUGAAUGAAUCUGUUGCAAAAAAUGAUGUAACAAAAUCAUAUAAUGAAAAUUUUACUUCUGAAAAAAAUGAAAAUAAUAAGGGAGAAAAGAAAAAGUAUGGAUCAUUUAGGGAUAUUAUGAAAUGGGCCAAGGAAAAAUUGGCAGAUACAGAGGAGGAAGAAGCUGCCACUGCAUUGCCAGUUUCCAUGACAGAUGUUACUAGAGCUACUAUUAAUAAAGAGAAAUUGAAAAAUGAAGGAAGGAAAAAAGAUGAUGACUCUCUGAAGAAAAAGAAAGGAGAUUCGAACACAAAUGAUACUAUAAGUAAGGACAAUCACAUUGUGAAUAGUGAAGAAGGUGGUGGAAGUAAAGCACCAGUUGCAGAUGAUAAAAGAGAUGUUGCAAAAAAGGUGGAUAGCUCGAAGUUGAGUGAUGCAUCAAAAUCGAGUGACCCAUCAAAAUCGAGUGAUGCAGCCAAGUUGGGUAUCCAAAAAGAAACAGUUGUAGGUGGAGAAAUUGAAAAGGAGAAAAGUGCUAAUCAUAAAAUGGAAGAAGCAACGGUUCAGACAAAGAGCAACGCUGAAGGGAUAUUACGUACGUUAGAAAAACGAGUGGAUGAUGAAUUGGGGAAUGAAAAAAUUGAAGAAAUGUUGAUCCCACAAAAUGAUAAAGAUAAUGAAGAGAAAGAGAAGCAGAAGCAGAUGGAGAAGGAGAAAGAAAUGCAAAAACAGAUGAAACUUGAAAAAAUGCAAAAAAGUAAAAUAUACUCAAAAAUUGACUUGCUAGAAAUAUUUGUAGGAAAUAAUUGGAAUAUUGGUGCAGAGAAAUUCAAUUUUGUUUUAUCUUACAACCCAGAUAUAGAGUGCAGCAAAUUUGAUAAUGGCAUGACAGGUUCAUGUAAUAUAAACCAUAUGGAUAUGAUGAACACAGGAAGUGAUUAUAAUGCAGGUACUACCGGUAUGCAUUCAAGCAGUUAUAUUGGCAGCAGUGUUUCAAAUACACAUAAUAGUAAUUCUCACGAUCCUAAGGGUAGUAGUAGUAGUAGUAGUAUAUACAGUAAUAAGAGGUAUAUGAAUGCAGGAGGAAUUGGUGGUGGUGCUUCUUCUGGUCAUGUACAUGGUAACAAUGCUAAUAUUGGUGGAUCAGUGAUUAAUAAUAACUACAUUGGUGGUAAUAAUAAUCACAAUAAUAUGAACAGUAAACAAUUUGGAAUGAAUGCAAGUAGUGGAGGCAAAAAUAGCAGCGAUGUUUGGAGAUAUGCACAAGGAGGGAAGAGUGGUAUGAAUAAUAAUAUUAAUUUUGCAAAUUUUGGUACUGUGAAUCAGAAUAUGAAUUAUGCAGAUAUGAAUAACAGCAGCAGUAAUGCUAACAACAUAUCUGCUGCAGGUGGUGGUGUUAAAGGUGGCUUAACAGCAGCAGCAGCAGCAGGAAUGAUGGUUGGUUCCAUCGAUGGAUACAGUGCAAAUAAUGCCAUGGGAAAAGUGGGACAGGGAAAUAACUUAGAAUGGAGAAAAAAUGAUGGAGAUAAAUUGAAGGGAUUCUUUGAUUCCACUCGAGCUGUUGAAUCUCCAGAUGCAUGGAGACAUAACAAUAACCAGAGUGGAAGUGGUGGUGGUGGAUCUUCUUCUAUUGGUAGUGGAACCAAAACUAUAGCAGAAAAUAGUUGGUUACUAAAACAGAAUCAGUUGAAAGCAGAUAAAUAUACGUGUAUGAUGAGAAAGUUAAGAGGUAUAUUAAAUAAGUUAACUUUUGAAAAAUUUGACCUGCUAUAUGAACAAAUAAUACUAGUUGGAAUAACAAAAUUAGAAGAAAUAAUAGGAUUGAUGAAAUUAGUUUUUGAGAAAGCAGUAACACAACAUCAUUUUGUGCAGAUGUAUGUUCAAUUAUGUAAAAAAUUGAAUGUACAUUUUCACAAUAUGAAAUUGGAAGAUAACACAACAGUUCAAUUUAAGAAAAUUUUAAUUAAUCAGUGUCAAGAUUCAUUUGAAAAUAAUUUGAAACCAAUUGAAUACCCAAGUAAUUUAACAAAUGAAGAAGAAAGAUUUGAAUUUGAACAGAUGCAUAAAAAUAAAGUUAGAGGUAAUAUGUUAUUUGUAGGAGAGUUAGUAAAAUCAGGAAUCAUAUCGAUACCAAUUGUAUUUGUAUGUAUUAAGCAAUUAUUAGAAAAGAGAGAAAGUUACAUAUCGAUAAAUAAUGACACAAAUGAAGGAAAUUUACAUUUAGAAGCUUUAUGUAUGUUUCUCAAUACAGUAGGAGAAAUUUUAGAUACACAUGAAAAAGCUAAUCAAGAAAAAGUGAAAGAAUUAUACAACACUUUAAAUACAUUAAUAAAUGAUGAAAAGAUAACAUUCCGUGUUAGAUGUCUUAUUAAAGAUGUUAUUGAUAAUAGAAAUGAAAAAUGGAAUAAAAAAUUUGCACAUAAGUUAGAAGGACCAACUACUCUUAGUGUGUUGCACGAUAAAAUUUUAAAAGAAGCUAUCGACCAGAGUAACAGAAGUUUUAAUAACAGCAGUAGUAACAUGAUGACAAACUAUCACGACAGUAAGAUGAAUAGCAGUUUGAGUAGCAUGAGAAAUAAUUUAUUACGUAAUGUUAAUUUUAAUAUGAACAGUAAUAACAAUAGCAGUAACAAUAGCUUGGGUGGAGGAAAAACUGCUAGUGGUGGUGUGCUUGGUAGUAAUAACAACAGCAGCAACAAUAAUAACACAAGUUACAACAUGAUGAAUAUGAGAAUUUUGGGAGGAGGAAUGAAAAAUAUGGAUGCAAAUAAAAAUAUGAAAAAAUUAUCCUUAAACCUGAUGAAGAGUAAAAACUCAAGUGCUUCAAAAAUGAUGGGAGAUGACGUAAAAGUUGGAGGAACUGCACAAGACUCCGCAGAUAAUAAUAAUAAUAGUAAUAACAGUUUUUUCGAUAUGAUGUCAAAAAAUAAUUUUCCAUUCAAGAAUAAUCAUCAUCAACCAUUUAUGAAUAAUGAUAGUGCCUCUAACACGAAUAGUACUAAUGUGACGAAUAAUAACAUGACCAAUAAUAGUACUACAAUGGGAAGUAGCAAUAAUAACAUUAAUGGAUCAACCGUCAUAGCAGGAGGAGGAAUAGGAGGAAUAACGUCUACUGACAAUAAUAAUAAUAAUAAUAAUACCUCAGGAGGAGGAAGCUUUUUCAGCAAUAUGAACUCAAGAUUUCUAAGUAAGGAGAAAAAUAAUAAUAAUGAAGGCAAAUUUUUCAUGAGAAAUUUUAAUCUCAAAAAGAGCCCCAUGAGUAGCAGUAGUGGUGCUGCUGGUACAGCGACAGGCACGUCCAUGAACACUACUACAACUGGUGGUGGUACUUCUUUGAAUAAUGAUACGACUAACAAGAGUGAGGAACAACAAUCCAAUGAUACUUCUGCUGAGAAGGAGUUGAAGAUGAGGGAAGGAGAUAGUGCUGCUGCAUCUCCUGGAAUAAGCACAAGCACAAACCUAAACCCAAGCACAGGGGUAAAAACAAAUGACGAUUACACAUUUGUCGAAGAAUAUCUUCCAAAGGUAAAUGAAAUUUUGGAAUUAUCGACCAACACAGAGGAAUGGGAAUCACUAACGAAAAAAAUAGAAGAGUUGAAUAUCCCCUCUAAAUUUAAUGAAAAACUACAGACGAACAUUUUAAAACUUACUCUUAAAAAGUACGCUUGCAAUAAGAAUGUGGAAAAAAGUUCCGAAUACUUCAGUUGGCUGAUUUCAGUAGUUUUGUCGAAUAAAAUUGACUUGGAAUCCUUCAAGCCAUGUUGGAAAUCCUUUAUAUUGGAAAAGGAUGAAAAUAGUUAUGAGUGCACCAAGGAGGACUACCCGCUUUUGCCUUUUCUCGCCAAAAAUUUCAUUAAAGCAAUCGAGCUGUAUGACAAGAAUCACCUCCUUUACGAUGUUGGCACAAUAGACCAAAUGAAGAGCGUUAUAUGA